UUGACUUUGACAUAAUCAAAUCUUCGCAUUCAACCUCAAUGCAUUCAACAUUCAAGGAAUGACUACUUUACGGUUUUGUUUUUAUUUGUUCUUUAACGAAUUUAACCUUUAACCCUCCUAUAUAAAAAAAAAGUGUGAAGCUAAAAACUAGUGUUUUGAAUUCCAUAUUUUUUAACAUCUUCGAAUUAUAUCAUGGCUGCACCCGGCGAACAGGAAGGAAAUAUUAUUUUGGGUAGUAUUUUCCCCAAUUGUCCUGUUAGUACAACCAUUGGAGACUUUUCCUUACAUCAAUUUUUCGGAGAUUCUUGGGGUAUUCUAUUCUCCCACCCGGCGGAUUUUACGCCAGUGUGCACCACUGAAUUGGCCAGAGUUAUUCAACUAGCCGGAGAAUUUGCAAAACGUAACUGCAAAGUGAUCGCUCUAUCAUGCAACAUCAAAAAGACGCAUCUCCUAUGGCAAAAAGAUAUCCAGGCUGUUGCCAAAUUCGACAAUUUGGAGUUUCCCUUUCCAAUAAUUGAAGACAAUAAUAGGGAACUUGCAAUCAGACUACAAAUGUUGGAUCCCUCUGAGAAAGAUUCUCUUGGUCUUGCUCUUCCAGCCAGAGCUGUUUUCUUUAUUGAUCCUGAAAAGAAAAUGAGAGCGUCGGUUUUGUAUCCAGCCACUACAGGAAGGAACUUUGAUGAGAUCUUAAGAAUGUUGGAUUCCAUGCAGCUCUGUGACAAAUAUAGGGUAGCCACUCCCGAAGGUUGGAAGAAAGGGGAUGAUGUCAUGGUUCAACCCAAUGUAACCGAUGAAGAGAGUAAGAAGUUAUUCUCUCAGGUAAUUGUGCUAUCAGUACCAUCUGGGAAGGAAUAUAUGAAAAAAACUUCUUUGAAAGAUAUUUAAAUGCAUUUAUCAUUAUGUUCUAAGAAUAUUUAUAUAGUUUUUGAGUUUCAACUACAUCAAAUAUGUAGUAUUUGAGAAAAUAUUUUGUAUUGAAAUUGUUUAUUUGGUUUAAUAAAUAAAUCUUUUGGAUAA